AUGGCGGGCUCACGCAGAGGUACGAAGGGGGAAAGACAUCUUUCUUGUGAUAUGCACACAGUAGAAGGUUGCAGAGAGACAGUAGACAUAAUCACACGUGUUCGCUGGGAAACUUUUAGGAACGCAGCUAAAGAAUGGCUGAGACUUGGUGGCAGAGAAGCUGCUGCAAUUCAAUCAAUUCGUGGAGAUUUGGACAAGGAAUUCGACGAUUUGGAGCCCAAACCACGAUGCCACUUCUCUUGUUACAGAAAUAUUACGAAUAAAAAGAAAUUGUCUCAGGCUACAAAAAGGGAGGAGAAAGCUAAAAGAGAAGGCAAACAUGCUGAAGAAGGUAAUUCAGGGCUUGAUUCCUUGGUGAUUCCAGUUGAUUUUGAGUCCAAAGCUAAAAAAGAAAAUUGCACACAGGCAGGUGACCUUAAUGUGACAGCGAGGCAAUUCCUGGAUGCUGAAAGCAGUUUAGCAGCAGCAUUUGGUGGCCAAUAUAAAAGAUGGACUGAAUUGAGGAACCAGUUGAAGAUUGGGCAUGAAGAUCUGGCAAAACUUCUUCUUGACAGCUACCAUGUGUGUUCUUGCAGAUGUGAAAGAGAAGAUCUUGGUUUCAGAGAAGAGGAUGAGUCACUUUUAGGUGAUGUCACUGGUCAAGACAUGGCUACCACCUGGGGGAAGCAGCAGUCAAUCCAGAAUAAAACAAAAGCACACAACCAGAAUGUAAACAUUGGUGUAGCUGAUAUUGCAGAUAACAAUUCUGAUAAUGAAGAAUGUUUUGAUGAGGAUAAAGAGGACAACUGGCCUGUUCUCCAUGCGGAUGAUGAGGAUAUAAAAAACAAACCCACGGGUACGAAAAGCAUUUCUGCCAAUGAGUUAUGUGUGGAAAAGGAUGAUGAGAGAGAAUCCAAUGCUGGAAGGAGGACAAGUCUCCAUGCAGAUGUGAAGGGGGUAUAUAUCUAUAUAAAAACCAAGAAGAAUGAAAAUGAUGAUGAGAUAUACAAUCCUGGUGAAAAUGUCCCAUUCCAAGGUGUUUCAAAGGAUUCAUUAAGGGAAAGUAAAAAAACCAUACAUGAUGGGAUACUAAACAUAGAGGAUAUUAUUAAGAAGAUGAAACAAAAUAAGAAAGAUAAACUACCAUGUGUGUUCUUGCAGAUGUGA